AUGAUAGCAAACGAAGAGACUUUGAUAGCUUUAUGCAAAACCUUGAUACGAGAGUCUGACUUGACUAUCAUAUCUCAAAAGAAAAUAAGACGCGAACUGGAACAACGGCUCAACUGGCCCUAUAUGAUGCUAGACAGGGAGCCAUGGAAGGAAUUAGUGCUGAAAGUUAUCGAAGAAGAAUUGCAAUACCCCUCCUCUCCGCCACAGAAUCCUACAUCAUCCUCAUCCAUUGAGAAAACAUCCGUAGAUGAAACACGAGAAACAAGAACCGAGUGUGAAGGAAAGGCUAAACAAACCAAAAAUGUUAUUUCUGAUAAAGCGGAAAAUGAUACAGAGCACAACGAAGAAGAGAACGCCAAAGGCUCACGCAAUCUCAAGAGACGACAAACACAAAGGGAUGCUCAACCUGCCUCCAAUUCACGUUCUGAUGCUGCCGAAGACAAGAUUCAGGUUUCUUCAUCUCCAUCCCGUCGUCUUUCGAAGCGUAUAAGAACAAAUACCGCUAAAAACAACUAG